CUUUUCCUCUGCACAGCCAUCCCUAUUACCAGCCAAUUAUCAUGUCUGCUGAACUUAUAGCCAAACAUCCUUCCCUUAAAAAAGCCAUUGAGCUGGGCGAUGCUUACGUCGAGUGGAAUGAUGGCAGAGAAGCCAGAUUGAUGGAGUAUAUUUACUCACAUCCCGAAUUGGACUCGUUGAGAGGACACCCAGAGAAGAUCCUAGCGGCUAUGGACGAAUUUUCCUCUCAACAAGAUUUGCUCAUUAGUGUCGGUUUUCAGAAGGCAAAAAUCCUCAAGGAUCUUGUUGCCUCUGAAUCACCCCAAAUUGUGGUAGAGUUGGGCGGGUAUCUGGGGUACUCAGCCAUCCUCUUUGGUGAUCAGAUGCGUCGCAACGCAGCUUCAAGCAUGGACAAAGUCUCUUCGCUUCGAGUGUGGAGCCUAGAGGCCAGCCCAAUCUACGCCGCAUUCACAAUGAGCAUGAUUGACCUGGCUGGUCUGAGUGACAUUGUCAAGGUGGUUACUGGUUUGGCUGAGGCAUCCCUCCGUCGCCUUCACCAUAGCGGAAACCUAAAGCAAGUCGAUUUCCUCUUCAUGGAUCAUCAGGAAACUCUAUACACUAGUGAUUUGAAGUUGUGCGAAGAGCUUGGCAUCUUCAAACUUGGCUCUGUUAUUGCGGCUGAUAAUGUUGUUCGCCCUGGAGCUCCCGAAUAUCGCGAAUAUGUCCGUGGUCAGUCCCGCUUUGAGAGCAAAGGUAUUCCCUGUUUUAUUACACCAGGGGACUUGCCGGACGAGAUGGAGGUAACCAAAGUUCUCUCGUAGUACUGAGAUAAGCAGGGCAUUUGUUGUACAAAGACUACUAGUAUCAUGUCUAAAAUAUAGUGGGAAAUGAACAACACAAAACGCAUUACUCAUAGCGAC